GUCAGAGUGGUUGUCCCGAACAAAUUUUUCAGCCAGGAUUCAAAGAACUCUGUGGGAGACCUUGUUCUGGAUCUAGCGGACAUCACGCCGAUACCAGCGACACCCUGGAUGAGGUUGUAUGUCCAUCUUUACUAUACAUCCUAAUUCUUAUUAGCUGACAGUACCAUGGCCACCUAUACUGGAUUUCCGUUCAAUUAUUUGAGCUCAGGGUCUACAAAUGGAAGCUCUCCUAAGGAAAUGUACAGUGGGAGCAGACAUAGACCACGGACAUCUCCUCCCACAUUUUCUACAUUAAGAGAUCCUGGAAGAGAUCAGUUGUCUGCUAAAUCAUCUUCUCAUAGCAAAAAGUGGACGUGCGCAAGACUUUCUGGCACAAGAACUAAAAGUCGGGGAUCCCCUGAAACUGACAAAUACCAGGUCAUAUCACCCGGUUAUAGCAUCAAGCGCUCCAAGGACUGUAUUGAAGUCAGACUUGAAGAGCAGGUUUUUAGAAGAGUUGAGACACCAGAAGAUGCAGAGCUGCCUCCCAAGACUAGAUUUACCGAACAGGCAAGCAUGCAGAAGCCAAAAAAGAGGGAGAAAUCACCAAAGGGAAGAGAAAAUAUUGUAGAAGAUUUACAGGAACAAAUUGCUAAACUGACUGCGCUGCUGGAGCAAGAAAUAGCAGAACAUGAGAGAACUCAGAAAAGACUGGCCAAAGAACUGGAGAAGAAGGUUAUGGAACUAAAAAUCGAAAAAGAAGAAGAGAUCAGGAUUCUGCAGGAGAAACACGCUGCUGAGCUGCUAAGCCUUCAACAGGAGGACAGUGCAAGACUGGAAGAGGAGAGAAAAGAAGCUGAAAACAAAUAUGAUGAGCUAUAUAAGGAACUCAGUCUGGUCAAAAGUUCUUUUAAGACCUACCAGGAGAGCCUGUCAGAAGAGAUGAAUGACGCAUGGCUGCAGAAAGAGACCAGGUUAAAGGAGUCAUUUGAAGAGCAGAGGCUAAUUGACAUGGAGAGGCAAAGGCAGUCGUUGUUGGAUGUAUUUGAGGCAGAAAAAAAAGAAAUCCACAAGAGAACUUUGGAAGAACAGGCCAUGAUCCAGCAGAGUCAUCAGGCACAAACUGAAGAUGCCUGGAAGAAAUACAAAGAAGCCACACAGGAAACAAAGAUGCUAAACGUAUUAAAAAAGCAUUUGCAGGCUGAGAUUGCUGAGAAAAAGCAAACUGUCCUUUCGCUUAAUGCAGAGCUACAACAUGCCCAUCUGGAAAUUGGCAAGUUGAAAAGUCAAAUUGACAAAAUAGAGAAAAGCUUUGACCAAAGUGUCAGCAAAGUGGAGUCAAGAUACAAACACAGAAUUCAGUCUAUGAUGAAUGAAAAUGCUGAUUUAAGGAGAAAACUUAUUGCUAAAAGUGAACAACUUUUCAGUCAAAGAAACAAAGACAUCACUGGAAGCUGAAGAACAUGGAUUGUUAUGGAACUGUCGUGUCCUGCACGUCACAGAUACUGCUUUGGAGCUUCUCAUUCCUAAUGGGUUGAAAUUUUUUGGGGUAAUCCAUGUACAGUCUUCCUCUCCUUAAACCAAGAAGAUGCUAUUAAACCAUCUUGUUUCAGUUUAAAGAUCACUGAAUGGUUACUUUAAGCACAGUGUAGACAAGGACAUGCAAUGGUUUGGUUCUUUACUGUAAAACUAUAAAUGACAUAAAUGAUUAUACAGCAUUUGAUCAAUAUUCCUCCCAGAAACUCAACUCAAAGGUCACGAGAGCAGUUUUUUUAAAACUUUUAUUAAUUGUACAUUUUUAAAUUCAUAUUAAAUUUAAAAAAACAUCACCUCAAGAAUGAUUCAUGUGCCUAUUAGCUGAAAUGAGUUCUUUUGCAUAACACACAAAAUCUCCAUCUCUGCUGUGGCAUACCAUCAAUGGAGGCAGAACAUGCAAUUGGUAUGGGGCCCACCAGGGCUGAACCUUCCAACCACUCUUCUCUAUGGAGUCCCAAAAUCAGCAUGCUGACUUUUUUUUGCAGAUUGUCCCUUAUAGGUCUUGAUCCCAGAACCUGCUGGAUGGGAGCUAGAAACCUUACCAGUUAAGGCACAGGCUUAAAGGGGUUGUCUUCUGGGUUGAGGGCUGAAUCUGGACAUAUGCAGUGGAGGGCAAGGGAGACCAUGAAAUGCUCCGAUGCUCCACUCAGAGGGGCAGGACGAGUGAAGAACGGGUUAUGUCUGGAUUCGGCUCUGAACCCGGACAACCUCUUUAACUGUAGUCAAAGGAUGGAGUUUCUCUGACUAAAAACUUUAAUGGUAUUAUUCUCAUGCGGAAUGUACUGGUAUCUGCAUAUACAUCUCUAGAUAUACCAGUGCAUUGUAUGAGAGAGUGAGAUAGAGGUUAUCACAGAUAAAAACUAUAAAUUGAAUAAAAAAGUAUAGAAUACACCUGUAAACGGGUCAUGACCGCUUUGAAUAAACUGAGGACAGCUGGCCGAAGAAUCAUUAUGUCACAGGGAAAUAUACCCUGGCUGGGCAAGAGAUUCGAUACUAAGUUAAAAAGCCCAUGCCAUUGACAUCCGAAAGCCUUAUAGUAUGGUACUUUGCCCUCUAAUAUUGCUACUAUGGGUUUAAAAUGUCAGACCUCUCUAAGAUUCAGAACAGCUUUUUGCAAGGGUAUUGAUGAGAUUUCCUUCUGAUUCAAUUUUUUACUUCUACAAUAUAGCAUCAAAUAAGUCAUUUUUCUACAUCAGAUAAUAUAAUGUUUCUAGUACCAGGUGAAAAAGAAACUAGCAGCACAGGAGCUUUGAGGUCACGUCUUUCUGCAGUCUUAGGCUACAGGCACACGACAGUGAAAAAAAAGUCUGUUAAAAAACGGACACACUGUCAGUUUUUCAUGGCCAUGUUGCAUCAGUGUGUACAUCCAUUUUCUGGCCGUGUGUCCGUAUUUAAUGUCCAUUUUGCAU